AUGUCCAACUACUACCUCCUGCUUUUCCUUCAACCUCGCAAAACCCGGACAAGCGAUUUCUCACAAUGGCGCCGGGAAAUCUUUUCCAUGCUACUGGAACUCACGCCUCAUAUGUAUUUAGACGCAGUUGAUGACCCGGAUACCGAGACAAACAAGUACCGCCAUGUCAAUGUAUACCGCCUCACAGAAUCAACAUCACCUCCGACAGACUCGCAGAUAGAGACCCAGCUACUAUACUUGCACUCGGGAAACCAUCAUCUGUCUGCUUUCCACUGGCACAUCUACAGCUCCAUCGCCGAGACCCGGCUGGCAGAGCCCCUCUCUGCACACACUGUUGUCACUGUAGGCAUCACGAUCCCGACAACAGACGCCGCAGAGCUGGAUCGCUGGUACGCGCAGGAACACAUGCCGGCACUGGCCACUGUACGCGGCUGGCAGGCUGGAACCAGACUCCAACUUUUGUCUACCUCUUCUUCCUCGAAGCCGGAGAAAGAUGUUGUUGAAUAUGCAACCCCUUAUCUGGCUAUACAUGAGUGGGCGGAGCGUAAUGAGCUUGGUGGCGAGGCUUGGAAGAAGGCAGUCUUUACGCCGUGGUCGGAGAGAAUUAUGACAGAGCUACAGAGUGCACCAGUGCAUCGGCAUGUCUGGGUGAGAGUGUAG